CUAUUUUUUGCACGCACGCGUAUUUCUAGGGUUUUAGCAUAUCCGAACAAAAUUGAAAAGCCAAAACUUGGAGUUUGAAUCCAGCCCUUCUACCAGGGACUGCUGUGUACCAGUGGACUGAAUAAAAGCGAAACUCCACUCUAGUUUUUGUUCUUUUACCAGCAAUGGGGGAUGCAGAAAGCCUUCAACAAUCUAAAAAGAGAGCUGCUGGAGUCCAACUAUCUCGUGAAAACCCUGGCCUGGAUGAUGAUGAACCGGAACAAGAGACAGGAACCUUUAAGAAAGCAAGUGAUGAAGUUUUGGCCAAAAGAAAAAUAGUGAAAGUACGUCGCCAGCAAAUUUCAACUCCAGCUGCCCCACCUCCAUCUUCUUCUAAUCCUUUUGCUGCCAUCCGGUUGGUUCCUCCUACUUCAUCUGCUCCUUCGCAUGUAGAGGCACACAGUGGUCAGAGUGAGGAAACUGAGAGCAAAUCUGGAAAUAUGGUUGACGAACCAUCAAAUGAUGAAUCCACCAAGGCUGAAAAAACUGAUGUCAAGGAUGACAAUUCUAAGCAAUCUGAAAACAAGGUCGAUGACUCAAAACCUCGACCAGAUGAUACAAAGGAUAAUGUGGUUGACGAACCAUCAAAAGAUGAAUCCUCCAAGGCUGAAAAAAUUGCUGUCAUCGAUGACAAUUCUAAGCAAUCUGAAAACAAGGUUGUUGACUCAAAACCUCAACCAGAUGAUACAAAUGAUAAUGUGGUUGACCAAGAGAAGGAUAACUCUGUGGCAGAGGAAGUUGCGGAAGGUGGGAAUUGUGGGGAUGGGGCGACAAAGUCUGCAGAAGCUGAUACUGCUGACACACAAACAGGGAAAGAUGUAAAAGAUUCUGGAGAUGAAAAGGAGAAAGAGAAUGAGGCAGCUGCAGAAAAGAAUGAAGAAACUGUCCCAUUUGGCUCAUUUCAACAACUAUCAAGUAGCCAAAAUGCUUUCACCGGUCUUAGUGGAACAGGGUUUUCUGGUACCUCAUUCUCAUUUGGAUCGAUUACUACAGAUGGUACUGCCCCGAAGAGUGACUCUACUACCUUCAGUUUUGGCGGUUCUAAUGGAAGCUCUAUUUUUGGAAGUGUUGGGGCAAGUACUAUCAGUAAGAGCGAGGGCACCAAAUUUCCUCCAAAGCAGGAGGUUCCUCUGGAAACCGGAGAAGAGAAUGAGAAAGCUGUUUUCACCGCAGAUUCUAUUCUUUUUGAAUAUGUCGGUGGAUCUUGGAAGGAGCGAGGGAAAGGGGAACUGAAGGUUAAUACAUCGACAACAGGGACAGGAAAAGCCAGACUUGUUAUGAGAGCUCGAGGAAAUUAUCGGUUAAUUCUGAAUGCUAGCCUUUAUCCAGACAUGAAGCUUACGAACAUGGACAAGAAAGGCAUCACUUUUGCCUGCGUGAACAGCGCUGGUGAGGGGAAAGAUGCACUUUCAACAUUUGCUCUGAAAUUCAAGGAUCCUUCUAUAGUUGAAGAUUUUCGAGCAGAGGUCAACAAGCACAAGUCUACUGCUCCAGUAGCACUGAGAACCCCAGAAAAUUCUCCCAAAGCUGAUGAAUGAUGAGCGCUUCCUUUCCCGUACUUGUCGAAAAUAUGUGAAAUGCUCCUCCUCGACCUUCAGUCUUGCGUCUUUGUUGCAGUAGAAGACAUGUAAAACAAGAGUUUUCGGGUCAGUUUAUGCGUCGUCAGUCUCUUGAGAAAUGUCUUGUUUUUGGGUUAAUAUACAUUUUAUUGAACUCCUUUAUAUGAUGAGAUAACCUUUUGAUAA